AUGGGAUUGUUUGCAAAUACUAAAAAGAUGGAAAAGCUUUUGCUUUUAAGAUGGAAAAAUAAAGUGGAUCUAAUCUUUCUCAUACUUGAGAAAUAGUAUUUCUUCGUAAAAUACAAGAAAAACAAUAAAAAGCAAAUGAGGAAGAGUUAAUUGUCAAAAAAUCCUAGACUACCAUAAAUGUAUGGAAGUGGGAUCUUUUAGAUUGAAAUCAAAUCAGAGAAAGGUGAAGAGCUCUAAAAAGUAACAGUAUAAUACAUAAUUUUAGAUUACUUUGAGUAAACUUUAAACUAAUACUAUAAGCUCAAAGUUGAUCAAUUUGGCAUUGAAAGUUAAAUUUAAGUAUUGGAGGAAGUAGUAAAUUUGAUUAAAAGUCUUCACGCUUUUAACUAUAUUCAUAAUGACAUUAAGCCAGACAAUUUUAUGGUAAAAAAUAGUAAAUCAGAGAAUGAAAAUCAUAUUUACCUCAUAGACUUCGGCUCAAUUGACCAAUUUAAAUAAGAAUACUUUGAUGAUAUGAAAAAAGUCAUGCUUAAAGGCACUCCAUUCACAGCUUCUAUACAUACAAUGAAAGGUUUAUAUUCCUGCCAAGGAGAUGAUUUGAUCUCUGCUCUUUAUUCUUUACUCAUUUUAAGUAUUGGAUAGAAAAUUCCUUGGCAUGAUCUUUGUUUAUAAUUUGAUUUAGCGAAGAGAAAGUACUAAUUCUAUGAUUUGAUCCAUGAUGAAAAAGUUAAGCUAAAACCUGAUUUAAAUAUAUAUGGAAAAUUUGAAAAUGCUUUGAUAAACCAAAUUAAGAUUCUCGAAAAAUUAAGAUUUGAAGAACCUCUAAAGUAUACAAUUUAGAUUGAUUAUGAUUCGAUUAUAUAAGAAGUGAAGUCAGAUUGCCGCAAAGUAAUCAUCAAAAAGUGA